AUGUGUCAAAGAGUUUCUUUGUGUCAUGGUUAUCAAGGCAUUUAUCUUAAUUGUCCAAACGGCGCACACUGUGAUGAAAAUCAAGAGAAGUACAUGUGCAAACAGUCAGUUUCAAGUAACGCGGAAAAUAAAACGGAAGAAAGAAUCAACUCAACAGUGUAUAAUACGUCCUGUUCAGUUGGUUAUCAUCGAAUGUACAGCAAUCAAUCAUUGGACACAUUGAAUGAAAUUCCUAGUGAUCAAUUCAAACAAUUAAUUUAUUCUACUGAUAAUCGUGAAAACAAGCUAUUGUGUUAUUGUCAGUCAGGUCAACUUGAAUGUAUCCAACAUCCAGACUAUUCAUUACUACUAUUAAUUCAAUCAGUUCCAACGAACCCCUUGUAUAUAAACCAAUCAAUUCAUCAACGUCAUCUUCAUGAGAACCAGUUGUGUAGAAUCUGUUCAAAACUACAAAAAAGCUCACAAAAGGAAUUAUCAUCGAAUCUAUCAAAAUGGUAUGCAGAUUAUUGUAUAUUAUGCAGUUUUAUGGACAAUAUGACAGAGAUAAGCAAUUUCACAUAUUGGUGGGUAAUCGAACAGAAUCCUUCUCCUCCUUCUACGAGGUGGGAGAAUCAUUCGUUGUGUAAAAUAUGUGUACAGUUGAAUAAUACACAAUAUUGUCAGCCGUUAAUAUGCUCCAGUUUCAUGGCAUUUACAUCUAUAGAAUACUAUCAACUUUGUUGUUCGACUACUGUUCCUCAUAAAAAGAAACAGUUCGAUUCUCCUGAAGAAACUACCUCUCUGUCACACCUGAGUAAAUGUACAAACUCGAGAUUGGCCUCAUCUUUGAAGUCAAUGCCAACACUUCAGUGUAUUGAUUGCCAAUGUGUGUCAGGUCAACUUGAAUGUGUCCAGCAUCCAGAUUAUUCAUUACUACUAUUAAUUCAAUCAAUUUCAACGAACGCCUUGUAUAUAAACCAAUCAGCUCAUCAUCAUCAUCAUCUUUAUGAUAACCAGCUGUGUAGAAUCUGUUCAAAACUACACAAAAGCUCACAAAGGGAAUUAUCAUUGAAUCUAUCAAAAUGGUAUGCGGAUUAUUGUAUAUUAUGUAGUUUUAUGGACAAUAUGACAGAGAUAAGCAAUUUUACCUAUUGGUGGGCAAUUGAACAGAAUCCGCCUCCGCCUCCUCUAGCAAGGUGGAAGAAUCAUUCACUGUGUAAAAUUUGUAUAGAGUUGAAUAAUACAGAAUACUGUCAGCCGUUGUUAUGCUCCAGUUUCAUGGCAUUUACUUCUAUAGAAUACUAUCAACUUUGUUGUUCGAAUACUAUUCCUCUUGAAAAGAAACAGCUCAACUCUCCUGAACAAACUACCUCUCUGUCACACCUGAAUAAAUGCACAAACUCGAGAUUGGCCUCAUCUUUGAAGUCAAUGUCAACAGCACAGUGUAUUGAUUGUCAAUGUGUGAAUGAUCGCAUCUACUGUACAUUGAAUGCUACUCAAAUAUAUCAACGCAACAAUGUAACUGUUCAAUGUGAUCAAUUAUUAUCAACGCUACAGCGGGAUUCAUUACUAAUUCCUAUGAAGUAUAAUCGGAUAGAUAAAUCAGGCGAUGGGCAAUAA